UCUUGAUACUCCUUUACCACAAUCGGCGGCAUCUCCGCCAGUAGAAGCGCGAGCCAAUCACAGACAAUUUCCAGUUUUCCAGCAUGGCCGCCAUAGCCACCUCCUUCUCCGCCGCCGCCGCCGCCGCUGUCGCCCGCCGGAGAUCCCCUGCCCACAUCCAGCUUGUUGCUCGCCGCCGCCUCCCUUUCUGCACCGCUGCCUCCGCGGCACCUGCUGCGGCGGCGGGCUUUAGUUGGGCCGACGCCCUCCGAGUUGCCAGCGACACCGGGGUCGGCGACGAGUCCGACCUUUCCGGAUACUUCCACAAGGUCGACAUCUGCAACCGAGGACUGGAUAAGAAGGGACAGUUCGUGGAGUUCUUGGUGGAGGAUCAAGUGGUGGGGUACAUCCACAAGGGUUUUACCGAACACCUGAGAGACUUCCAUGAUGUUUUUACCAUUGUCUCGGGCCACAAUGGCAACAGCACUGUGGGGCAUGUGACUCUCCACCCAUCGCUUAGGACUCCAGAAGCUCGAACGCUAGCCAUUGGAGAUGUCAUAAAAGGCCUAGGAGAACUCAUUCCUGGUAUACGCAAUGAGCUCUAUCCAGUAACCUCAUCUUAUGGCAUGCCUGUGUACUUCUCUCUGGAACGUGCUGCUGCUCCCUACUUCGGCAUAAAGGCUUAUGGUGUUCAUAUGAAUGGGUACAUCGAGAAGGAUGGUGAGAAAUCUCUGUGGAUUGCUAAGAGAAGUGAUGUGAAGCAAACCUACCCUGGAAUGCUAGAUCAUCUUGUUGCUGGUGGCCUGCCAUAUGGAAUCUCCUGUAAAGAGAAUAUCAUCAAGGAAUGCGAAGAGGAAGCAGGAAUCCCAAGAUCCAUGUCAACCAAUGCUACUUCUGUUGGAGCUGUAUCUUACAUGGAUAUCGAUGGAUUUAGAUACAAAAGGGAUGUUCUGUUCUGCUACGACCUUAGGCUUCCUGUAGAUUUUGUUCCUAAUAAUGAAGAUGGAGAAGUUGAUAGCUUCAGACUACUCCCCGUAUCACAUGCUGCAAACAUUAUCCGGAGGACAAAUUUUUUCAAGGCAAAUUGCAACCUUGUGAUCAUUGACUUCCUCUUCCGUCAUGGGUAUGUAGACCCAGAUUGUAAUGGGUACCUGAAGCUGCUGACAAGCUUGAGAGGCGGUGAUUGUUCCUAGGGCUCGCGGUUCACAGUUCAAACAGAAUCAUCACAGAUUGUCAGCAUGCUGUUUUCUAUGGAGUAAGCUGGGUAGCUGUCUAUCAUAAUCAGAAUAUUAUCAUGAGAUUCCAUAUUAACUUUUAGUACAGACUUUACAGGCACAUUUUUAACUCCAAAUGUUCUUUUCGCACAUUAUAUUGACUCCUCGGUGAAUCAAGGAAAACGAGGAGGAAAUGUGGUCAUAAUAGAGAAACAACAAGAGGAUCCUAGUAGCAUAUGAUUCUGCUAUUUGUAACUUAGCAAAAAUAGUACUUCUAAGUUUUUUUUAAAAAUGUGAAAAACUCAUAAAUGCAGAGUAUAUAUAAAAACAUGCACAUAUGGAUUUUUGGUAAAAUAGUACAACCACUGGGCUCAUGGAAAUGGAGGGAGUAUAGCUUAAAAACCUUUAUAAAUUAUAAUAUUAUGUAACUGUAACUUCCUAUAGCUCAAUCUGCAAUAACUUUUUUUUCUUAGCUCAAAUAUUUUCCUACCAUUCACGUGCCACAUGUGCAUGUGUAUAUCUUGUACAUUAUUUCAUUGUUUCCUUAUUUUUUAGGA